AUUAUUCCCUGGGAGUUGACCGUGUCACCUCACGUGGUGUCGCGGCCCCUUGUUCCACGGCGUUGCGCUUGCGCGGUGCCGGCAGGAGAGUCUAGAAUCUGAGCGUUUGUCAGUUUCUCCACCCACUUCUUCCGACAUGAACAUUGAGAAUUUUGGCGCUAGCGAAAGGCUGGUGAACGCGGCCUACGUGCGGCAGGGGGCGCAGGGCCGGCGCGCGCAUGAGCUGCGCCUGCGGGCGUUGCUGGAGCAGGGCAAGUGUCCUGAAGACGGGUGGGAUGAAAGUACCAUCGAACUCUUUCUUCAUGAACUUGCCAUUAUGGAUAGCAACAAUUUUCUGGGCAACUGUGGUGUGGGUGAGAGGGAAGGAAGAGUGGCAUCAGGAAUGGUUGCCCGUCGGCAUUACAGGUUAAUCCAUGGAAUUGGGAGGUCAGGGGAUAUUUCUGCUGUCCAGCCUAAAGCUGCAGGUUCUAGCCUUUUGAACAAACUUACUAAUUCAGUAGUUCUGGACAUUAUAAAGCUGGCUGGUGUCCGAACAGCGACCAAUUGCUUUGUGGUUCCUAUGGCAACUGGCAUGAGUCUAACCCUGUGUUUCUUAACACUGCGGCACAAGAGACCAAAGGCAAAGUAUAUUAUUUGGCCACGCAUAGAUCAGAAAUCCUGCUUUAAAUCUAUGAUAACUGCAGGUUUUGAGCCAGUGGUGAUAGAGAAUGUAUUAGAAGGUGAUGAGCUGCGCACGGACGUAAAGGCGUUAGAGGCUAAAAUCCAGGAUCUUGGAGCUGAAAAUGUUCUCUGUGUUCAUUCUACUACAUCUUGCUUUGCUCCAAGGGUACCUGACAGACUGGAAGAACUGGCUGUGAUUUGUUCUAAUUAUGACAUUCCUCAUAUUGUCAACAAUGCAUAUGGAGUUCAGUCUUCAAAAUGUAUGCAUCUCAUCCAGCAGGGUGCUCGAGUAGGUAGAAUAGAUGCUUUCAUCCAGAGCUUGGACAAAAAUUUUAUGGUUCCAGUAGGUGGUGCUAUCAUUGCUGGCUUCAGUGAUUCCUUCAUCCAGGAUAUCAGCAAGAUGUACCCAGGAAGAGCAUCAGCAUCUCCUUCCUUAGAUGUCCUCAUUACCCUACUGUCCCUGGGUGAAAGUGGCUACAGACAGCUACUAAAAGAGAGAAAGGAAAUGUUUUCCUACCUUUCAGGUCAGCUGAGGAAGCUAGCAGAAGUCUACAAUGAGAGGCUGUUGAACACACCACACAAUCCUAUUUCUUUAGCUAUGUCUCUAGAGAAUCUAGAUAAACACAGUGACAUGGCUGUUACUCAGCUUGGAUCUAUGCUUUUCACAAGACAAGUUUCAGGAGCAAGGGUGGUUCCCCUUGGAUCUUUGCAAACAGUGAACAACUACACUUUCAAAGGCUUUAUGUCACAUACAAAUAGCUAUCCCUGUGCUUAUCUCAAUGCUGCUUCAGCAAUUGGAAUGAAAAAGCAAGAUGUAGACCUGUUCCUAAAAAGACUGGAUAAGUGUAUGAAGACUUUUAGAAAAGAAAAGAGCAAUAGAAAAGAUGUGCCUGAAAUGGAUAACUGUACUAAACAUACAAGUGUGGGAGAGACUGAAUACUAGAGCAAGAUGUGGAUUUUGGAACACACAAAGUUUGGUGUGUGUGUUUGUUUGUUUUUUGGGGGGGUUGUUUGUUUUUUUGAUUAGGUGACGUUUGUAUCCUGUUUGUAUUGUGGAAUAUGCAAUACAGGGAGUGGAAAUUUAAAUUAAAAAAAAACUUGGAUGAAAUUCAGAUUUUAAAAAAAUUAUUGGGUAACAUUCAGUGCUGUGCAGACAGCAAACCACAAGGCUUUUGCACCUCUUAAAAACCCACUCAAGUACUCAAAUAGGGCUUAAAUGGUAUGAAGGCUCUAAGGUGGGUCUUUCUCUAGAAGUGAAUUUGCCCCAUUGUGAUUGGAGUUGGACAAAUAUCUGAAGAACAUUUCAGUGAAUAUUGAUUAAUAUUUUAAACUGGAUUUGCUUUAGCAGUGUUUUGUAUCCCUUCUGAUUUUGCUAUUGGUGUUCAUUUAGCAAACAGUCCUUUUUUGCUCACAAAAAUGUCUCUGGAACGAGUGUUCAUGCAUGUGUGAGUAUUUGCUGAUGAGUGCAUUCACAGCCAUUUCCUGCUACAUCUCUUUAUGGGCAUGGAUAUUAUUAAAUGAAAUUUUAAAGUAAUGUGAGCAUGAGAUACAAUGGGGAGAAAUGGUUUUUCCAAGUCCCUUUCCUGAUAGUAAUUUGAACAGCUGAAAACAGGAGUCACAUGUUCGAAGUCUGUACAUGUUCUUAGCCAGGGAUCACCAUGGAAAGGCACAGACUCCCUAUGGCAAAGUGAAAUCUACAAGGGAGUGUAACAGAGCAAUUUACAAGGAUUCAGCCAAUCCUCAGCCCCUGGAAAGACUUUCAGGGUUGAACAGUCCCACAGGAAGCAUAUGGGGGUAAACAGCAGGGAAAGAAGGGGGCUGCAGUAGGAAGGCAGUGAAAUGGGAAGAUCUCCCCUUCCUCUUGCAUUUGAUUUAUGCCUUAAUAAUUGCUCUCCUGAAUAGGAGAAAUCAGCAGACCUGAAGUAAUGGGAGAUUGGUUCUCCUAUGGGUCCUAAGGAGGAACAGCAGAUGUUCAUGGGGACUCCUAGGAUGUUAGAUUUACUCCAGCACUUUGAUAAAUUUGGAGACCAUGCCUCCUAAUUCUGAACCAUCUCCUGUGGGUGGUGCUGCUGCUGCCCCAGCUAUAUUCAGUCACUGACUGAACUCGUUAGCCUAGGUAAAGGCUCAUAUCACUGAGUUUGCUUUUGUUGGCUUAGGCUUGUCAAGUUUUUUUCAUUUUUUAAAAAGAAAUUAAAACAGGAUUCAUGUGGUAUAUGCAGAGCGGCAAUUUGGUUAAAUUAAAGAUAUUCCAAAUCAUUUAUUGGCCAAGUGGAGCGAGAUCUAAUGCUCAACUCAGUGGCAUUUCUCUGUGUUUGUCUGUAAUAUGAUAAUUUUGGCAUGCCACAUCUGAUCAAUUUUAAAAAUAAUGGAACGUUCUAGGCAUCCGUAGACACACCUUCUAUUAGUUCUGAUGGAAAUCAGAACACCAAAAGAGCCUGAUUCAGAGGAAAAUCUGGGCCACACACUGCCUGUUGCCACAGGCAGAGGAAUCUCUGCUGUCCCCUGUACAUAGCAGAGGCAGCAGCUUAACCUGUUGAGUGGGGAGACUGUAGCCUGGACUCUAACAGAAAUGAGAGCUUUCCAGGCAUGGUAUAUAUGGAGGGAAGUGGAGGUGGGGGUGGAGAGAGCCCAGUGCAUGGGGGAGGAGUAGGGACCCAGAGAGGGAGGGGGCCAGGGUGAGGGUAUGCAGCAGGGACCAGAGGGAUGGGGCAGUUGUGAUGGGUGAAGCAGGGACCCGGAAGUGAGGGAAAGGAAGAUGGAGGGGGAAGGAAGCAAGGACCCAGAAUGCUUUAGGGGGAGAGAGGGAGAAGCAAGAUCUUCAAGAGUAUGUAGGGAUGGGGAGUGGUGGUGGUGAAGGAAGCAGGGGUCCAGAGUGGAGAUGUGGGGAGAGGAAAGGGCUGUGGAUGGGAAGUCAGGAGGGGCAAACCAUAAAUACUUGGGGGUGGAGAGCAAGGACCUGGAGAGUGGGCAAUGGUGACUGGGAGUGUAACAGGGCAUCGCAGGGCCACCUUGGUCCUGCCUCUGCUCUGCUUCAAAAACUACUCCAAGACUUUCUGACUCAGGAGUCACCAGUGCAGUUUAUUUGCAUGGUGCCAUCCCACCACCUUCUCACCAGGUGUACGCCUUGGAGAUUCCAGCCUUGAAAACUCCUUAGUCUCUGACUCAGGAGGGCAGAGCUACCACACUCCUUCCCUGGCUCUCCGCCCCCACCUCUGGGUCUGUAUAUAAAACCAGGCUAAUCAGGCUGGCAGCUGUUUUUCCUUUACCAGUCAGCCACUGGUUUACCUCCUUUAAUUAGAGCUGGAGUGACAAGGCUGGCUCAGUCAUUCCUGCUGGGCACCCUGUCACAGGGAGGGAGGUAUGCAGGGAACACACAUAGACCAGAGCAAUGGGGGUACACUCUGAGCCCCUGUUAUGAGGAAAGGGGUGGAGGAGUUGUAGGGAGAUCCUGAAAUAGAGGAUGAUGCAGUAUGACAUACAAGGAAUUUACUGCGGGGGAAAUGGAGGAAUGCAAGUAGCCCCUGGAGGCACACUGUGCGUGGCCUGCUGAAGCUAUGAAGAAUGUGGCCCACUAGUUUUACUUACACACACACACACACACACACACACACACACACACACACACACACACACACACACAUAUUUUCUUUUGUGAUUCCAUUGUCUGUGGUGACUUGGCAUAUUUUUACUUUAACAUAAUAUCACCAUUUAAAUGCUGCAUGCAUUCUAGCCUCAAGUUAGAUUUUUGUUAAAUGUAUUUGUUCACAAGCAUGAUUUGUAUAUGCCAUUGUAAAAUACUGUCAUACAAACUAAGGCCCGUAAAUUGUAGAAUUCUGCCAGCCGGAACAGAACUGCCAGACCUCCUAUUCUGACAAUGCCGCAAGCCUUUGUGCCUCAUUUGUCCACUUCUUCCAUGGGCAUCAUAAUGGCUUCUUUCCCCAACACUAAUCUCUGUGCCUGGAAUGCCCAGCAAGGGCCGCUGUUCUCUCUGCAGACAAAUCUGUUCUUCAGGCUCACAUUGAAGACUCAGCAAAUGCCCUCAUCGAGCGAGUCAAUUUAAUUUUUUUUUAAAAACCUUGUACCGUCAUGAUGUGCGUGUGCCUUAAACUAAAUACCUCUGUGAUCUUAUUGCUGCUACUCUUGUUCUUCCUCACCCUGCUGUUUGUCACUCUCACUUGCUGUGUCGCUGUCAUUUGUUAUGUCAUGUCACAUCUUAAUUUAGACUGUAAGCUCUGGAGGCCAGAUGCUGUGGGUAAUUUAAUAACUUGAAAUUAAAUUUGAUUUAAAUAAUCCAAACUCCAAUGUAUUUUUAAAAAACAAAUGGAAAAGAAUUACCAAACCUUUGUGUUGAUCUCUUACAAUGCAGAGCUAGUUCUGUAGAAAAGAUGUGAGCCAAAUUAUUAAACAGAAUGCCUUUAAAGGAAGAUUAGAACGUCAUUGACCACUGUCCACCAGUAUGUAUGAUAAAGUAAGUAAUAUACAUUCCAAUUAUGCACCAGUUACUAACUUAAUCUUUCCAUGUGUCCCUUAUAAAAACCAGUUAUGGACAAGGUCCCCUUAAGACUAUGGGAAAUACUACCCCUUAGAAGUGGGCAGAGUUUCACAGCACUGCUGCUAGAAGGUGAUGAUAGAAUGAAGGCAGCUCUGUUUGGAGGUAGGGUGAGAGGGAAAAGCUGAUAAUGGCUGCCUCUCAUGAAAAUUUUGCAAUGAGAUUGUAUGGAGAAGGGGAAGAACUCGAGAACCUUUGCCACACUGCACCCAGUCACAAAGUUCAUAGGAAGGUAGGAGUGAACUGACAUUUGACCUGAUGAUGAUGUGGAGAUUUUAAUCAACUACACUUUCAACAUGAUGGAAGAAGUAAGGCCACGGGGCCUCCCACAACUCAAAGAAAACCAAAUUAAGUGGUUGAGAGGGGGUGACUCUGUGUGUAGGAGGGGGCCAGUGCUGUUUCCUCUCAAGGUUUGUGAGAUGCAGUGCUUUAGUUCCAUUUUACCAUAUAAUAACCUGUGCUAAUUAGUUCCUGAAUGUUUGACAUGUCUGAUUAAUUGUGUAUUAAGAUCACCUGUAAUGUCUUACUUUAAAUGAUCCAGGGCAAAAAUACAUAAUAAAUGUUUUAAUAUAUUUGUCUUUGCAGCCUUGAAUAUUUUUGUCUAGUUUAUGUAAAUCUCAUUUCAGAGGAUCAGGCAAAUUCUUCAAGUGUUUGUCACAUAUAUUGCACUGUUGGUGUGUGCUAUGUCUGUUGGGGGCCAACCCUACAUCCUGAGUUUAUUCAUGCCUCCAACUGACUAUUUAAAGGGUGGGGGUGUCCCCAACCACCUGGUUCCUUCUUACCACCUGUGGAAUUUGCAAUUUCUCGGCUUGCUUGCUGUGUGAUCUAUCAGAUCUGAUUGAGGGAAGGAGGGGAUAAUUAUUAAUCAGGCUUAGAGGGAGAGAGAAGGCAGGCCAGCAGGGCCAGGGUAAAGACCCUCUCUUCCCUCUCUUUUCUUUGGCAAAAGGCGAU